AAUCCUCUUUUGUCUCUCUCUAUCCACACGUUUUCAUCGUCCCUCGUUUCGAUAUGUCGUAUAUAGAGUGUUCGGAACAUAGGAACAAAGCAAUUUCUUCGAACUGAGAUUACAUUAAUAUGAUAUUAUUCACUGUCAGCAAAUGGAGAUAUGUGUAAUUGUAAUAUGAGAACAGUCAUCCAACAGACGGACUUUAUAAUCUUCUAAUAUUUUCUUGAGAGGAUUUAAGAGCACAUUAUCGUUCACUACUUAAUUUCACCUAUUUCUUGUUAUAUAGUUAUUAACAGUGAAAUUGGAUUUUAUCUUAUCCAAUCGAUGCCAAUUUAAAUCGUAGAAGAUUUUAUAUCAUCUAUGGAUCUAAUUUCAAUUUGAUCACCUCAUGAAAGGAAGUGUUAAGUGAAAAAUAUAAAACUUGGGAACAAAUAUAUCCAGUAACAAUCACUUUUAUACCAAUCAUCAACAAUGGCGUGGACAAAUUAUCAACGUACAUUAGCUAUACUUCAAAUAAUUACAGGCUCAUUUAAUACUUUAUCAGUUAAGUACGCAGAUCGACAAGUGGUACUUGGAGAAGAUAAGCAACUUAGGCAUUUUAAUCAUCCUUUUAUGCAAUCGUUAUUUAUGUUUAUUGGAGAGGCUCUUUGUUUCUUGGCAUUUAAAAUCUUUUAUUAUUAUUAUAAUCGACGAGCUGAUGGUUCUGUAGAUAACAAUGUACUCACUAAGGGUUCGAGGAUUUUUAAUCCUUCCAUUUUACUUGUACCUGCAUUGUGUGAUAUGUUUGCGACAUCCAUAAUGUAUAUUGGUCUGAACAUGACUUAUGCAAGUAGUUUCCAGAUGUUACGUGGAUCAGUAAUCGUUUUUACAGGAAUGCUUUCUAUUGGAUUUCUUAAUAGAAAAUUAGGAAUAAGGGAAUGGAUAGGCAUUGGUUUUGUCAUAAUAGGCUUAGCAUUUGUCGGUGCUAGUGAUAUAUUAACAAUGGGAGAUAGUGAUAUCAGUGUAAAUUCUGUAAUCACCGGAGACUUGCUUAUUAUAUUUGCCCAGGUAAUAACAGCUGUUCAAAUGGUUGUGGAAGAAAAAUAUAUGAUGGAACAAAAUAUUCCUGCAUUACAGGCGAUUGGAUGGGAAGGUAUCUUUGGAUUUAUCGGUAUUUUUAUUGCUUUGAUUCCUCUAAAUUACAUUACUGCGCCACCGCCUUUUGCUGACAAUUCACGCGGGACACUUGAAGCCUCUGUGGAAGCUCUUGUCGAAAUUGGAAGCAGUAGUAAAUUAUUGAUAGCUAUUAUCGGUAUAUCGUUUAGUAUUGCUUUCUUUAAUUUUGCUGGUAUUAGUGUUACCAAAGAGAUGAGCGCUACGACGAGGAUGAUUUUAGAUAGUGUCCGAACGAUCUUAAUAUGGGCUUUUUCUUUAGCGUUUCAAUGGCAAGUCUUCCAUUACAUGCAGCUCAUUGGUUUUACGAUUCUUUUAAUCGGUAUGGCAUGUUACAACAACAUCGUUAUUCCGCAAUUAUUUCAAAAAUAUCUAUACCGUCUGGGACGCCAUACAUUAGCUGACGAAGAUCGUAUUAUUAAUACCGCCGCAGAUGAUUUGCCAGAAACAAUAUGAGUCUAUGCAAUUUGGAUAUUUCAUGCCGCGCAAUUAUCACUAGUAUUAAUUUCUUUUUUUUUUGUUAUUAAACGAUAA